GAUGUAUUUUUAAUUCGCCAGAUAUUUUGAAGAAGCCCUCGGCACUCUUUUUAGUAGUUUGGCUUAAUGACAAUAGCAAACGAACAAAUAAUAAUAAUAAUAAUAAUCAUAACGGACAGAUUUUCCAAAAUUGCAUUCGCUGCAUUUUCAUCAAGUAACCUUGGCAGUGUUCCUCAUGUGAUAUUCAGUCGGGCAAGCUGGCCCUCCACUCAUUCCUAUGCACCAACUUGGGAAUUAAAUGACGUUUUUGCGCACCAUUUCGACACAGAUUCACGUAACUAAAUUUAAAAUGGCUCAGAUUUUUCGGUGUAUAGCAAGAAUGUCCAGAAUCUAGUCUGGGGUUGACAAUAUUAAAUUUACGGAUGAGGACGACCGGCCGUGGGACAAAUUCUAACAUAAGACCGCAAAAACGUAGUCAAAAGACAUUUCAAUUUAAAAGUGAGGAAUUAUAAUUUAAGACCGGGAAAAGCGCAGUAAAGAAAUCGUUUGUAACUUGGGCCGAGAAAUUAUAGUUUAAGACUGGUAAGAGCAGUCAAAAGGCCUUAAUUUGAAUUUAGGACCGUAAAGCAUUGUUUAUCUUAAUACCCAUUCACAGGAAUAGAAUUUGCAGAGCAAAACGCGAAAUUCUUCUCCAUGUGACCUCCACUUUGCAUCAACAUCGAGAAAAACUGAAUAAAUAGUUGCUGAGUAUUCCAAAGUCAACAGUAACAGCAACAGUCACAGAAACACCAAGAAUAAAUAUUGGUAACUAUAGCAACCAGAGAAUCAUCAAGAAUCAAAGAGAAAUUAACAAGCACAGAAGUUCUCAAGAAUUACAACGUUCGUAGCAGCAGCAACAAUACCAACAGAAACAGCAAACAGAAACGGCAAACAGAAACGGCAAACAGAAUAACCACCCUACCACCAAAAUGUUCCAGGUUUUCGCUUAUAUUACGUGUUUCUUUACAUUCACCACAUUCUUCAUUUAUUGGCCGCUCUAUUAUUUCUCAGACUGCUGUUUCCAACCAACUGAUCAUCGAGACUCGUAUUGCAGCAUCGCUACCAAUGACCGUUUUGACUGCCAUCCAGAGUUGGGUGCCUCAGAGAAAUCCUGCAAGGAAAGAGGAUGUUGUUGGGAUGAGAUGUCAGAAUUUGCAUGUUUCUAUCCCCCAAAUUUUGUGGGUUAUAUCUUCAACAAAUCUGCCGUCACAAAGACAGGAUAUUCUUACAGGCUGAGUCGUAGCAAACCUUCACCAUUUCCCAAAGAUAUUGCAGAGAUCCAAAUGGAUGUUUAUUUUGAAACAAAGACAAGACUACAUAUCAAAAUAUAUGACCCUCACCACAAACGCUAUGAAAUACCAUUCGAAGUACCAAAAGUUAACAAGCGGGCUCAACAUGUCAGAUAUUCUUUCAAGACAGCUGAUAUCGGCAAACCUUUCCAGUUUAAUGUUUCUCGGUUCAAUCCCAGCACAGAAACCGUCGGAACAACUCUAUUAGAAACUAAAGGUUCUCUGAUAUUUGCUGACCAAUUCCUUCAGCUGUCUUACCAGUUACCUUCCAAAUACAUUUAUGGUCUUGGAGAACAUCACCUUCCACUCUUAUUACCAUUGGAAAACCAAAAACUAGCAUUUUGGAAUAAAGAUCAUGUCCCUGAGGAUGCUUUGAAUUUGUAUGGCUCCCAUCCAUUCUAUCUGGUUCUUGAAGAGGAUGGAACCAGCCAUGGCGUUUACCUUCACAACAGCAAUGCCAUGGAUGUCAUCUUGCACCCAAUCCCAGCCCUUACGUGGCGCACUAUCGGAGGCGUGUUAGAUAUGUAUGUCUUCCUGGGACCGAAACCCAAUGAUGUCAUCCAGCAAUAUACCGAAGUGAUUGGAAGACCAUUUAUGCCGCCAUACUGGAGCCUUGGCUUCCAUCUCUGCAGAUAUGGUUAUCCGACAGCAAAGAGAACCUUGGAAGUGAUGAACCGUGUCAGAAAAGCUGGGAUUCCUCAGGACAUCCAAUGGAAUGACAUUGAUUACAUGUACAAGAAAAGGGAUUUCAGUUUUGAUCUUCAGAAUUUUGGUAACCAAUCGGCGUUGGUUGAAGAGAUUCACAGUCGGGGAAUGAAAUACAUCAUUCUAAUUGAUCCUGGAAUCUAUGCUGGAAUAUCAGAAAAGCCAUACAUUCCUUUCAAGCUUGGUAAGAAGAUGGAUAUCUUUAUCAAAGACAGCACCGGCAAGGAGAAUCUUAUUGGUAAGGUAGGGAUCAGAAAUGCAGUUAGGGAAUUUCAACAACAGAAAUAUGGCACCAAAACGGAUAUGAAUGAAAUAUCAAACUUUGUGACUGGAUCAAUAAAUGGUUGCCCCAAACAUUCACCAUAUGAAAAUCCACCGUAUUUACCAGCUGUUCGUGGAAAGGCACUCAAGUUUGCAACACUCUGUGCAUCUGCCCAACAAUAUCUCUCCUCACAAUACAAUUUACAUAACCUCUAUGGAAUCACAGAGACUAAAGUAAGCUACAGCGCCAUGGUUAAUAUUAGAAAGAAACGACCAUUCUUGAUCUCCCGCUCAACGUUUUCUGGCAGUGGUCGUUAUGGUGGACACUGGACAGGAGAUAAUUUGGCCACAUAUCAAGACAUGGCUUCCUCAGUAACAGACAUCAUCAACUUCAACUUGUUUGGUAUUCCAAUGGUUGGGGCAGACAUUUGUGGUUUUAAUAAAGAAACUACCAAAGAACUGUGUCAAAGAUGGUAUCAGUUGGGUGCAUUCUACCCUUUCUCUCGAAGUCACAACAGUAUCAAACUAAAGGACCAAGAUCCAGCAGCAUUUGGUAAGGCAUUUUCUGAAUCAACAAAGAAGGCUUAUAUGACACGAUAUUCUCUACUGCCCUACCUUUACACCCUGUUCUACAAAAGCCAUGCAACUGGAUCAGCAGUGGCACGGCCCCUCUUCUACGAUUUCUCGAACGAUAAAGCAACAUACGCUUUGGAUACACAAUUUUUCUGGGGUUCUUCUUUGUUGAUUUCUCCAGUUCUUCAAUCGGGUGUACAGAAGGUAUUGGCCUAUUUCCCUCAAGGUAAAUGGUACAAUUUUUACACAGGUGAAUACCUGAUCGGUGUCUCACAUUCGUUUUUCCUUCUUAAUGCUCCAAUGGAUGUGAUAAAUGUUCAUCUUCGAGGCGGAGCUAUUAUACCCUUGCAGGAACCAGCUCUAACGACCACCAUCAGCCGUAAAAAUCCCUUCACCCUUCUGUUCGCUCUUAAUGCCAGUGGCAAAGCUUUUGGUGAACUUUAUUGGGACGAUGGAGAGUCUUUGAAUUCAGUACCUAAUGGUGUAUACAAUAUGAUACACUUCUUUGCCAACAAAACCUCCCUCUAUAAUUCUGUCAUCAAAGCUGCUUACUUAAAAGAACAGAUGACCCUCCGUAACGUCACAAUAUUUGGUAUACCUAGCCAACCCACGUCAGUCCGGUUCAACAGAUUUUCUGUGCCUUUCUCUUUCCAACCUCACACCAAGGUGUUGUAUGUACCAAGACUGAAUUCUAAUCUGUUGGUCCCCUUUCAGUUAACUUGGUCCUUUGCACAUUAAUUCCACCAGCUGAAGUUGCAGUUUGUUUGCAUGAUGAGAUCCAAUUGUUUCCUCAGGUGUUAUUUAAGUGUUUUCUCCAUUGCAUAAUCAAACACCUGUACAUUUGUAGAAUAACACUUGGUGGAAACAAUUGUAGUGAUUAAAAAAAUACCUGUCCAACCAUUACUCCUUCUCGUUGACACCCACCACUUUCUUCAAUUUAAUAUUCACACACGAGGAAUACCCAAACAUAAACAUGGAGGUAUAUAAUAAUGCUACUAGAUAGUAUUGGGUUAUUCUGAGGGUGGAUGAGCUUUAUACUGUACCCUGUCAUAUUCCUAACAGAAUAUACCAUAACUACACACACAUAUAUAUACAUAAAUAUAUAUGUAUGUGUGUAUAUAUAUAUAUAUAUUAAUAGUAAUAGUAUGACAACAAAACAAUAAAUGAGACCUCAAUAUUAUGUAAAUAGAGGAAUUUAUCUGUAAAAUAAUAUGUGACAAUUAUUCGGUUGUCAUAAUAAAACUCCGAGUUUAAGAUGUCGGGGCGAAAAUCUGCUCCAGCACCUUGUCAGUUAUUAAGACAAAACAUUUUCAUAGCAUUUUUGCUUUGUCUUAAUAACUGACGAGAUGCCAGAGCAGAUUUCUACCCUGACAUCCGAAACUCAGAGU